AAGACAAACUAAAAUCGGGUAAAACCCGAGUAUUAGAUAUCGGUUGUGGGCCGGGAACUUGGAUUCUCGACAUGGCAAAUGAUUACAAACCAUCACAGUUCACAGGUGUUGAUAUAUCGGCAACAUUCCCGACCAGCGUCAAACCGUCAAACGUGAAUUUUGAACAAUGCGACGUGCUUAACGAGAAGUUACCUUUUGAAGCGGAUACCUUUGAUUUUAUCCAUGUUAGGUUUAUGGGUAGUUGUUUUACCGAGGUAGAAUGGAAUGAACGUGUUAUACCUGCUUUGAUACGUGUGUUGAAGCCAGGCGGAUAUGUCGAGAUAAUGGAUUUUGAUAUACAAGCAAUGAAUGAAGGGCCGUCGACUAGUGUUCUAUUGUCUGCAAUUCGGGCACAACUAACCUCAAAAAAGAUCAAUCCAAUAAUCACUCCCCUACUGGACAAAUUCCUCGAAGACGCUGGAAUCGUAGACAUUGAUGUCGAAGAACAAUGCCAUCCAAUUGGCGGAUGGGGUGAUAAACUUGGCGAGGCGGCACUCACCAACCUUUUACAAUGGUUUAAUCAAUCGAAAUCAGAGUUGGUUCCAUUCAUGCAAAAGACCGAUACGGACUUUGACGAGAAAAUCACUGAAUUUCGACAAGAAGUUAAUAAUUUUCAGACUUAUUGGGUUUCUGUGAGGAUUUUUGGGAUGAAACCUGUUGGUUAUACGAGUAAUAAAUAA